UUUUAUUCUUAUAUAUUUUGAUUCCCAAAUAAAAAGUACACUGCUCACUCACAGGCGCUGAUCCCUCUGUAAGGUCACAAGGUCACUCUGCAGCUUUAUCCUCCUGCGCUCACUGUGGGGAGGAAGACACACAGUACAGACCUACUGAACAUGUACUAAUGAUUUUAUUUCCAGAGUUUACCGACAUGGAUUACUCCAUCAUACAGGCGACAAUGACCCCUGGUGGUGGAUAGAUUCUGUCUUUUUUCAUACUGUACAAUAAACUAAAAUAUACUUCUCAUAAUCAAAAUAACAGUGUUAAAAAAGCAAGUAAAAAAAUAAAAAAUACUUUAAUAUCAUACUAGUAGUCACAUCAAGUCACAGCAAUCAUUCAACCCCUGUAUUAUCUCAAAUAAAAGGAUACAUGAGAGGUUCUCUCUGGUUUGCGCUCUCACCUCUGUAGCAGUCCUUCUGGUCCCUGUUUUGUAUAAACCCCUCGGUUAUCCUCGGCACCGUCCAUAUACCAGGUAGACAUCAUUUAUCUUUCACUACUGGCAUGACAGGAACCACAAACCUUUGAAAUCGAAGGCUCACAAACAGCCGCCUGGGAUUAACAUGGAUUAAGGGUUAGUUGGAUUACUCUCUCAUAGGGGGAGGAACAUGGGGUAUAUUGACAUUACUGUCAUCACAGAUGAAUUGGAUAAACCUUAGUAUCUUUGCUGUCUUCACUAUGAGUAAGAAAAUAUAUAGGACAAAUAAUGUUACACUAAUGAAUAACCUCAAUAAAAUGAAAGUAAUGUCAUUUUAAUGUCUGAUAGUAAAUAAUAAACGUUCAUAUUUAGGAGAGUUUAUUUUACUGUAAAUGCACGUGACAAUUUUUUGUUGUAGUACGGUCCUUUAGUAAUUUCACACGGAUCACUUACGAGCUAUGUUAAGAUGUGGGGGACGGUUUUUCAUGUAACACAGGAUACACUGACAGCUCCACUUCAUUUGUUUAAUUAAUGAAGACGCAUUUGGUGAAAAUACCACCAUCGCUUAUCCACACACCGGUUAAUGACAACAAACAAAUUGUAGUUUAGUGUAUUUUACUCACUAAAUCGCUAACGUCAGCAUCAGAUCACACACACCACUUUUCAGUCGCCUGUCAGAUAUCGUGUUAGUUCAAAUCAAAACAGUGGCGAAAACAAGGAAGCAUAGAGAACGCAAGACCGACAAGGCACCAUGACAUGGUUUAGUUUCGCAGGUCGGGUGUGGGAUCGCGUGGAGAAGACGUGUCUCCACCUGCCUAUCGUUCUGAACACCGUUCUCGUGUUCUCCAUCACGGCGGAGGUGAGCUACCUGGUCCUGGUCGAGGCGCCGCUCCAACCGGACCAGAAGAAGACCCAGUGGUCUACCGUGUGGAAGACUCUGCACCUCCUCGUGCAGUACUUCAUGUUUGGCAACAUCACAUGGAACGCCUCGCUGUUUCUGAAAACCAGCACCAGCAUUCAAGGAGUGUUCCUGGGUUCAGAAGGCAUGGCACAAGGCUGGAGGUACUGCUACACAUGUGAGACCCACACUCCCCCGCGGUGCUCCCACUGCUAUGACUGUAAGGUGUGUGUUCUGAGACGAGACCACCACUGUGUGUUCUUCGGCCAGUGUGUGGGCUUCCGUAACUACCGCUACUUCCUCAGCUGUCUGCUGUUCAUGUGGACGGGGCUGCUGUACGCUGUAGUGAUGAACGCUGAGGUCUUCAUCAUCAUCCUGAAGGAAGGAGUCACGCUGCACAGCAUCCUGCUACUUCUCAUGCCCUGGAUCAUGCUCGUCUCUGGUCAGGUGACAGCGCGGGCCUUUGCCUUUGCCUUCAUCGCAGACACCUGUGUGUUGGGCUUCCUGCUGGUGGCAGCCUUCCUCUUCUUCCACCUUUUCCUCCUCCUGCGAGGCCAGACCACCAGAGAGUGGUACUCCAUCCGCAGGCCCUACAACCUGGGAUUACUGGGCAACUUGCGGCACGGCCUGGGUACCCGCUGGUACAUCUGCUGGCUCUGCCCACUCAUCCCCUCCCCACUGCCUGGGGACGGCAUCCAUUUCCAGGUCACAGAGUCACUGGAGUCGGAUCCCAACCGCUCACGGUAACCCUGGUAAUGUGACGGACACAGGUGUGUGAGGAUGACAGUGACACCUUGCAGUGCAGGCAGGUGGUGUGGCUUCGUGGAGAAGUUUGACUGUAAAUCUGAAAGCCUCUUCACCCACUGCUUUCCCUGUUUGCUGAGUCAGUGAGUGGGUG